AUGUCGUCGCCUGAACUAGACUUUGUAUCAAGAUUCCUCACCUUAGCUACCCUUUCGAGCCCUGCGCUGCCUGCCGACUACAAACUACCGCUGCAACAGGUGUCUAAUCAGGGGAUUGCUCUUCCACCGCUCAAGUACAAGUAUGACCCUAGGAGAUCGAGAAAUGGUGCUUCAGGGGGAGAAGCCAGAAACUCGUCGCUGACUUUGACUUUGAAGAGCGUUAGGGCACCGAAAUUCUCUGUAGAAUGCCAGUUCACCUGCAAGGAUACCGUAUUGCAAGUUAAACAAAGACUUGUUGAAGAAGGUAAGGCCCAAGGAACCGAGGACUUGAAGUUACUGCUGAAAGGUAAAGUGUUGCAUGAUAGUGAGCUUCUUUCCAGUCUAACAUCCGACGCGGCAACUAUCAAUGUCAUGAUAUCUAAGACAGCUCAGACAGCCACUUCGCCACCACCGGCACAUCCAGGACUGACUUCCGAGACCCCUGCAAGCGGGAUGCCAUGGAACGAGAUAGAGAAUGUUCUCAGCUCGAGAUUUCCCGACUCUAAAGAGGCGCAAAAAGCACUUGAUAGACUAAAGAGAGGUUGGGAGUUGGCCAAAUAA